GUCGCUAAAUAGUUAACGACGAAAAUCGUUGUUAAAUUUAGCGAUAAACAGAUAGCGAUCGUUAGGAUAUUCGCUAAUUUGUUUUUGAUUGUUCAGAAGUUUUUAGCAAUAGCGAUCGUCAACAUUUUCGUUAAACUAACAACAAAUUUAAAUCACCUCUUACCCUGAUAUCAAAAAUUUAGCGACGGUUAACGACGACAAACAAAAUGGCCGCAAUAAUUGGUGCUCAGAAUGUAAACAUCAGGAAAAAACGUGUUUAUCGGCCAAAUUUUGUAUAUAAAACUCUCACAGACAAGGAACUGCGUGCAAAGUACAGAUUUGGUAAGGAAGGGUUGCAAUUUAUAACUGACCAGCUUGAAGAAAGGCUCCGUAGACCUACCGGUAAAGGUUGUGCCAUGGAUCCCGCAGAGCAGGUUUGCAUUGCUCUACGUUAUUAUGCCACUGGGGCAUUUUUCGAUGUGGUAGGGGACACCAUGGGGCGCGACAAGGCGACAGUUUGUCGCGUGGUAAAACAUGUAACAGAAGGUCUUGUAGAGAUGAAAGAUCGCUUUAUACGUUGGCCGACUAGAAUGGACACCCGUCGCAACAUUAUGGCAGGGUUUGCGGAUGUAGCUGGGAUUCCAAAUGUGAUUGGUGCCAUUGAUGGAUCACAUGUUGAAAUUACGAAGCCAGGCCCAACAGAAGAAAGGCCGUUCAUUAACAGGAAGGGAAGGGCAUCCAUAAAUGUAAUGGCAGUUUGUGAUAAUAAAGAUGUAGGAUGA